UUAAGGCAGGUAAAGAAAAGGAGCGUAAGAAGAAGAGAGAAAGAAAUUUUAACCUGGAAAAAAAAAAAUUGUAAGAAGAAAAUAAAAGUAAGAAUUCAUCUCUCUUAAGAAGUAUCCUGAUCAUACAAAUACUGGAAUAAGCUAAACACUGAAGUCAUCCAUGAAAAUAAAGAAGACUCAUCAUGUCCUUCAUAAGCCAUGUCCGGAAGAACAGCAAAAGGCCAUUACCAUUGGAGUCACUUUUAUUGCCCCAAGUUCCACGAAGCAAUUACUUGUACUUUCUGGAGGAGAAACAAAGACUACAGCUAAAGAAAUUCCUCCUUCACAGGAUGUUUCUAGUGGCCAACAUACCAGCAAACAUUGAAAAAAAAUACAUUUCUGAAUACUAUGAACAACUGUUUCAGUCCAUUCUGAAACAUCACCUGGGAGAAGCAGUGACAGGACUAUUGCUCAUCUACCCGACUUCCAUCCUGCACAUCCUUGAGUCCUCCAAUGGUACUCUGUACCGGAUUCUGUUAGAUUACCUUAAGCAAGAAAAGAGUGGGACAGAAUUUCUGAUCCAAGAACUGAAAAUUAUAGUUAUCUCCCAUAACAUCCCAACCAGGAUCUUCAUGCAAUGGCAUGUUUCGGUCAUAAAAGCACCAGUUAUGUAUCUUGAUGAUGUGACACAAUCACAAUCCCUAGAAGAGGUUAUCACAGACUUUCUCACCCAAAUUCAUAAACUAGCACUCCAUCUUUUUAAGACUAUAAAAGUGGGUGUGAAAGGACCAGGUGAUAAUUUGCAUCAACUUGCACCUGACCUACUCCUCCCGGAACAAAUCAUAAAGUAUUUAUGUAACACCGAAGAAUUCAUGGACCCCAAAGUAUUCAUAGACAUGUAUAAUAAGCCCAUACAUAUCACUUUGGAUUCUGAGGUAGUAUGGCCCGCUCCUUGCUAUUUUUAGGAGAGAGAGCAAUGGUCAUCGCUCUUAAGAAAUGUAUGCUACUUA